AUGUUCUCUUUUGCAGACGUAUUGAGGAGGAGACAUCUCCUCCCAUCCAGUGGUCCACCGUUGUGCUUCUCGGCAACUUACGGGGCCCUGCUCUAUUGCCCAGAUGUAAAUUUAGAUGAUGGCUGUAAGAUUGGGAAACGCAGUAAGGAUGCCGACUCCAAGUUUCAGAGGAUUUUUCGGGACGAACUCAAGUCGGCCAUGUGUGUGUAUACUGAUGGCUCUCGCACGAACGGUUGUCCGUUUGCGGGUUUUGCGUUUACCGCGCACGACGAAUCCAUUUCGUGUAAGUUUAGGUCCGUUGGGUUUGUGUCGUCCUUCUGCGUCGAAGCGAUGGCUGUUCUCGCGGCCCUGAAUUUGGCAGAGUCUCAGGAAUGGCCCAGACUCGUAAUUUUUUCGGACUCUAAAUCUGUAUUGAGCGCGGUUGGAGCCCCAUACGUGCAUAGUCAUAGCUCAUAUCUCGUUCUAAAAAUUAAAGCAUCCGUGUAUCGGCUUGUAAAGGAGAGAGGAGCCGAGGUAAAACUCGUUUGGAUUCCUAGCCACACCGGUAUAAGGGGCAAUGAGCGAGCGGAUGUUCUGGCAAGUGAAGCAGUGCGCGACGGCAGGGACACUCAGUUCGGUAUUCCAACGUCGGAAUUUACCAAUCUGUGGAGUGCGAGUAUGUAUGAUGACCUGUGGAAUUGGUCCAAAAAAGAAGCUGCCACGCGAGGAGCUCUCUAUUGUAAUAAUUAUCUAAUUAAGUCUAAACAGGUCUGGUUCAAAAAGUUUGACAUUAAAAGGAGGACGGUAACUACGAUAAACAGAAUCCGAUCGGGACAUACGUCCCUGAGGGCUAGCCUCUUUCGGCACCGCAUUGUCGACUCUCCGUUGUGCUUGAGCUGUGGUCUGGAGGAAUCUCCUAACCAUGUCUUUUGGGAAUGCACAGACUAUAGCGUACAGCGUAAUGCCCUCGAAGAAGCUCUUGUCAGAGAGCGAGGAUUCCUCCCUCAUCCCGUCGAAUACCUCAUGGCGACUCUCGAGGAAGACAUUAUAUAUCCACUCAAUUCAUUUAUAUGCUCUAUUGAUAAGUUUAUCUAA